CAGAUGUGAAGAGUGAUUCAUGUUUGGAUAUAGAAAUAACGUCCUCAACAUCAAAAGAGCGACUGACAGCACAAACUCUUUCCUGCAUCACCUGUGGAAAGACAUUCAGCUCACAGAGACAUUUAGAGAGACAUGAGAGAAAACACACAGAACAGAAACUCUUCACCAGAUCUGAGAUCAGCUUUACUACCUUACAAGAGAAGAAACUUCAUUCAGAAGACCACAGAGAGAAGAAGAAGAAGAAGAAGAAGAAGAAGAAGCAGUUUCACUGUGAGCAGUGUGAGAGGAUUUGUGUCUCUUCCUCUGAUCUAAAUGUUCACAUGAGGACACACAGUGAUGAAAAGCCUUUCUACUGCACUGAAUGUGGAAAUUACUUCAGAACCAAACAAUAUCUUAAAGUUCAUCAGAGACUUCAUACAGGUGAAAAACUUUUCAAAUGCUCUCAGUGUGACAAGACUUUUUCUCAUUCAGGUCACUUCAAAAUCCAUCAGAGAGUUCACACUGGAGAGAAACCUUACGUCUGCGCUCACUGUGGAAAGAGCUUCUCUAAUUCAUCUCAUUUAAGAAUUCAUCUGAGAGUUCAUACUGGAGAGAAACCUUAUCACUGUAGUGUCUGUGGAAAGAGUUUUAGUGUAAAGGCUAGAUUACUAAAUCACCAGAGACUUCAUACAGGUGAAAAACCUUUCAAAUGCUCUCAGUGUGACAAGAAGUUUGCUCAGUCACGUUACUUACAAGCCCAUCAGAGAGUUCAUACUGGAGAGAAACCUCAUCACUGUAGUGUCUGUGGGAAGAGUUUUAGUCAACAGACUACCUUACUACAUCACAAGAAAAUUCAUGAAAAACCUUUCAAAUGCUCUCAGUGUGGCAUGACCUUUGCUCAGUCAGGUUACUUAAAAUCCCACCAGAGAGUUCAUACUGGAAUGAAACCUCAUCACUGUAAUGUUUGUGGGAAGAGUUUUACUAGCCAUGGCAGUUUAGUAUUACACCAGAGACUUCAUACAGGUGAAAAACCUUUCAAAUGCUCUCAGUGUGACAAGACGUUUGCUCAGUCACGUUACUUACAAGCCCAUCAGAGACUUCAUACAGGUGAAAAACCUUUCAAAUGCUCUCAGUGUGACGAGACGUUUGCUCAGUCACGUUACUUACAAGCCCAUCAGAGCCUUCAUACAGGUGAAAAACCUUUCAAAUGCUCUCAGUGUGAUGAGACGUUUGCUCAGUCACGUUACUUACAAGCCCAUCAGAGACUUCAUACAGGUGAAAAACCUUUCAAAUGCUCUCAGUGUGACAAGAAGUUUGCUCUGUCAUGUUACUUAAAAUCCCAUCAGAGAGUUCAUACUGGAGAGAAACCUUAUGUCUGUGCUUAAUGUGGAAAGAGAUUCUCUAAUUCAUCUCAUUUAAGAGUUCAUCAGAGAGUUCAUACUGGAGAGAAACCUUAACUUUGUCUGUGGGAAGAGUUAAUCAACAGUAUAUGUGAUUUCUUAAAAAUGUGAGUGUAUAUGUUAUUCUUUUUUAACUGUGUGAUUAUGAGGUGGUAUAUGUGAUCGACUGUGUCGCGAUUAUGAUGUUAUGUGAUUAUAAGGUGGCUUAUGUGAUUUCUUAAUUAUGUGACCAUGUGGUAGUUUUCAUGCGAAUCCCUUAACUAAGGGAUUAUUAUAGUAUGCAAAUCUGUUGCCAACCUCACAGUUCCUCCUCACGUGUUGGUGUGUGCGGCGCGGACCAUUUAGUGCAGCAAGCUUAGGAGAAAAGACGCUAAUACAGGUACCGCUAACUUCAUUUAAGUCUACUGCAGCAGCGAUGCUCAAGAAAACGUGGAGAAAACUGUAAAAUUUGCGAGUGUCGUAUGCUCAAGGCAAUACAUUUAAUAUGACGAGUUGCUUAUUAUGCCGUCAUCACCAGGGUUUUGUUGUUAGCACGUGAUCACAGGUGAGACAGAAAUAGCACACAUUGUCUUUUGUUUCUUCUUGCGAAAAAACUUGAAAAUGAAAAUAUAAAAAGUAACCCAGUGUUCUAUGCUAUUUUAUGUGCAUUUUGAAGUAACUGUAAAGUUGGCUACAUGUAGUAUAAUAAAACAAGUGCUCUUACAUGAACAUGUUGAUUUUGGCAGAGGUUAAAAACAGCUUAGGUUUUUAUUUUUGUAAAGAAGCCUGUUGUAACCAAAGUGUAACGAAACGUACCGAACCGUGACCCUAAAACCUUGAUACGCACCGAAUCGUGAGUAAUUUGAACUGUAACACCCCUAGUAACUACAUAUCCAUGUGAAUGUUAUGCUGCAUUUACACCAACCGUGGUAGAGGCGUGAAGCGCAAGUUAUUUCAAUGUUCAGGAGGUCCCGCGGCGCGGAAGACGCGUUUCCGCCUCAUUCGCGCGUGAAGCUUGUGCGAAAGGCGCGAAUUGAGUGUUGUGCGCGGUACACGCCGUAAUGGUGCUUUUUUGUGCAUUUUGCCGUUCACGCGAAUUUGCGGCUGACGCCCGAGUUGAAAGAUUUGAAAUUUGGCGGAAUUUCGCGCCGCGUUAACCAAUCAGGAGCCUGCUUGCUGCUGUGUUGGCAGCCCCACCCAGAGUCACCCUUUCAACCAACGCUAGAUAUUGUCCGUAAGCGUCACGCAGAGCUAUACGUCACAAGUUCUUAUUUCUAUAGAGGAAACAGGAAUAAAAAGGACCUCGCUUGGAAGAGUGUCAGUGAGGACAUUGGGCAACCUGGUAAGUUGUAAUACACACUUCACUUUUGAGUCACGUGACGUUUAUCGACCAUCGUUGUUUAUUUACCCCCUAUAUAGUAAGGUUACCAAAUACAAACUGGUAACUCUCGAUAAAUGCACAAUCAACAUCAGUCAUCUUGCAAACAGACAACCGCAUAGCACCGGCACAAGAAGCGGAGUUUGCCUCUGACGCGCGUCAAAUGCUUGCUUUUUCCGUGCGUCUACUCAGCUCUACACGCGCGAAUGCAUGAUAUGCGUGAUUUGUGAAAAAUUUCCCCAAGAGGACAAUAAAGUGUAUCGUAUCGUAACAGUCAAACUUUGUAAAGCACCAGGGAUCUUAAUAAGGUUAUGACACCGAAAACUUGUAUUAAGUUUUAAAUAUUGUUAAAAGUUAAUAUUAAAAUAAGAGCAAAUCAAAUUUAGAGCCCGACCAGCCCAACCGAUAUGCAUUAUUUUGGGGCUGAUACAGAUGUUGGGGGGUUUAAAAAAAGGCAGAUACGAUAUAUAUAGGCCGGUAUCCUUUUUCUCUAUAUUAUACUAAAGUACUUUACAUAGAAUACACUAUAUACAUUAACAGACUAGAUUUAUACUAUAUAUAAAUAAAUGAUUUUUUUUGCAAUGAUCACUCACAAAUGUGGUGAUCAAACACUUAAAAUGAUGUGACAAAGAUAUGUCAUAUAGGCAGGUGUUUUUAACAAGUUAACAAUAAACUUUAUUAUCCAAAACGAUUAUGACAUCAGUGCAGAAAACCAUAAACUUGACUUAUUAUGAAUAACUUUAAAACACAAACAGAACAAAAUAUAUGACUUAAAUCAUUGGCAGUUUUGAUGAGAAUAACGUUAUAUCGGACUUGUAUUGAAAAGGAAACUAGUUACUCAACUGCUAUUUCCUAUUUUCAAACCAUUUUCGCUUCGGGGUUAGAUUUGGUGUUUGCGUUAGUAUGUCACUUUAACUAUUGGUUUAUACUAUUUUUUUCUGAUUUAUUCUUUUAUAUUUUCUAAACCUAGGUUAGAGUUAGAGUUGGGUUUGGGUAAGGAUGUCAUUUCAUGUAAAUCUAACCCUAAACCGAAGUGACAAUGGUAAGAAAAUAGGACAAAACAGUUGAGUAACCAAUCCGUGAGAAUGCCACGGAAAAAGACAGUCCGUAGCAGGGCCACGGAAAAAUGCGGCGAUCUGUGAGAAUGUCACAGAAAAAUGAGCAAAAAAUUCCGUGACUAUUUCACUGAAAUUCGUGAUGUAGUGUCUGCUAUACCUGCAAAUCACAUUAAUGUUAAAGAACUGCAAAACAACUUUUCUUUGGAGCGAUUAGGCAAGUUCGACCACCCAAUUCGACCAUCUUCUUUCCCCAGCUUUGUGCCAUCUCAAACUAAAUUUGUGUAAAGUAAGAAGGGUGAAAUUGCAAAUUUGAAAACCGUCUUGUGAGGAUGCUGCGAAAUCAGCUGCGUGUGUUCACCAUGGAAAUUAGUUAUCAUAUAUGUACACUAUAAGUACCUGUCAUUAACCCACACUUGCCUGUAAGUACUAAAAACUUAUAUUGUACAUUCAUUUGUAAGUACAGUAGUGCUUCUUGUUAGUUACAGUAUACCUACCUACACUAUAAGUAUGUAUCUUGUAUUACCCAGUACUAGAGGUGGGUCGUUUGACACACAUACCGAACUUUCGAAACACUACUGCUUCGAAACAGUGCUCUGGAGACUAGCUUGAAAUGAGGCUGUCAUGUGUCCUACGGAAACAAAACUUCAUUACCUUACUGACACAUCAUGCAGGUUUCAAAACACAGUGCACGCUGUGGUCUAUCUAGUUAAUGCAUUACAUAAUUAUAAUGUAUCAAUGUCUGUAACAUUGUAUGUGUAUUGUUUUUCAUUAAAUAUUAAUAAUAAAACCAU